CGGAUGUUAGUUGUGAAACCAGCGGCGAGCAAAAUGUUACGUGAAAGUUCCAAAUUUCCUAUUUUACUUUUAUUGUUGGGCGUAAGCUCGACUAGAGCUCUGGAAUUGCCUUCGCAGCUGCAGCGCUGCCAACCCGAAGAUCAGGACUGCCUGAUCGCGCAGGUUCAAUCGUAUUUCCAGCACUUUAGCCAGGGAAUUCCUGAACUGAUGGUGCCAAGUUUGGAUCCCCUGGAGUUGGGAGUAGUGCGUGCCCUAAACAAUGAUCCCAGCGGUGCGUUGUCUUUUAAUCUCGUGCUGACAAACACUUCACUCCACUUGCUGUCGAAAGCACAGCUAACGAGCAUUAAGGGUUUCACCAGGGACCUGAGUAAACCUCUGAAACUUACCUGGAUCUUAAGUGCAAAGAAACUAGAGGUGCAUGCCACCUAUGACGUCAAGGGCAAGAUCAUAAUGCUGCCUAUCGUGAGCAAAGGCGAUGUUGUUAUUCGUUUAAACGAUGUGCAGACCAAGAGCAGAGUUUCAGCUGUUGCCGAAAAACGUGACGAUGGCAAGUACUAUCUGAAGCUAACCGAGCACAAGUCCGUCUCCAAAGUUGGCAGUGGUAACUUUAGCAUGUCAAACUCAACCAACAUAAAUCCAGCAUUAGCGGAUAGCAUGAUGUCGGUGCUGAACAAUGAUUGGGAAGCGUUGUCUGCGGAUAUUCAGCCCAGGAUCACUGAAGCCUAUGAUCGCUCCAUUAAGCGUAUAAUUGAAAGCCUCUGGAAUGCAGUGCCCUAUGAUGACUUCUUUAACAUUGUCUAAGAUCGAGGCAUUUAUUUCAAUAUUUUUAUGUAUUUAUGAUAAAUUUUUAUUUAAAUAAAAUAAAGUACAUAUUUUGGUUGGUUGAGCUGGCGCCC